AUGAGAACUCAGCCACCAUCUUUGCUCUCCCUCGCCGUUGACGCUUCUGUCCUUCACCUCUCUCACUUCUCCGAUCUCUCUCCUCUCCCUGAUCACAUUCUGCUCGAUCUCUUCCUGAGAACCUUGAGAGCUGGGAAGCUGAAUGAGAAAAUUCUGAAGCUUUUCUUGGCAACAGGCAAAGAAGAAGUGCUUUCUCUUAUUCAGACACUCAAUAUACAACACAUCCUGACUCCCGUCCUUCCCACCAGAUGCUCAGAGAAAUUCUGA